UGCUUCGAAACACCCAAUGGAAAUGUAAGAUGCGUUCCUGGAACAGGAGUCAUGUCUACCAAAGCAUUUGGAGGCUCAGAACACGGUCAAAUGGCCCCAUCAUGUCCACGAGGAUAUACUUACGUCGGAAAAGUGUGUAAGAGGAUGUUUGAGCCCUUAAAACCACAUUCGUAUCAAUCGGCCCAAACUUAUUGUGACUCAGACCAGAUUUACGUUCCAACUAACCAAGAUCAAAAUCGUGUCUUCAGAGCAGUCAUGAGACACCUCAGCGAGCUUAAGAAAAUCGAAGGAAUAUGGAUUGGAGUAAAGAAAACCCCCGAAGGAGAAUGGUUGACCGAUAGAGAUAGGACAGUGAAUGCCAAGAACUCCGAUUGGGCUCCGGGUUACCCAAAACCCGAUUUCAGUGGCGACUGUGUCAUUGCUUCUUCGGCUCACGGGUUCAAGUGGAUUAACACCCACUGCUCUGACCUCCAAUCGACUUUAUGUGCCUUAACCAGACCUCAAUGCCCAACCGGGUACGAGUGGUUGCCGCAAAUCCCAGAUUCAUGUUUUAGGAUCAGUUCUACAAGUAGUUACAAAUUGGACUCAGGUUUCUAUUACAGUUCCAUUCAAAUGGCGGAAGAUCUGUGCCAAAUGGAGCACACACGGCUUUUCGCAGUAGGUACAUUGGACCAAGCAAACGCGUUGAGAAAUUGGGCUGAGGUCUCGUUGCCAAGCCACCAGGUAGGCACUCCUAUUGCAUCAGUGUUUGAAAAUGUAAAAAUUGUAUGCAUAUUUAUAGAGCAUAUUCUGGUCCGGGAUGCAUGAAGUGGAAAUUGGAACCUACAUCUUUGCCAAUCAGUAAGAAUUGAUGUGUUCCACUACAUCCUUUUUCGGAGAUUUGAAACAUCUCUUCUUUUUUUCUCUAGAUUUGAACCAUCCC